UGUAGCUUUUCGUCGCCGUACUGUUGCCGAUCCUGGGGUGCUGUCGACACAUUCUUUUUCCGGCGAGAUCCUCAGGUGGACGUAUCGUAGUUUUUAUAAUUUAGCAGUAAAAUUUUCUCCAUCUUCCUACAAUGAAAAUCUGGAAGGAUAUCUUCACCGGUGACGAGAUGUUCUCGGACACUUACAAAGUGAAGCUGAUCGACAAUGUGAUGUACGAGGUGUACGGAAAGCACGUGUCUCGUACCCUAGGGGAUGUCCAGCUGGAUGGUGCAAAUCCUUCCGCCGAGGAAGCCGAUGAAGGUACCGACGCCGCCACUGAGUCCGGUGUUGAUAUUGUGCUGAAUCAUCGUCUGGUCGAGACUGGAUUCGGCGACAAAAAACAGUUCACCACCUACCUGAAGGAUUACAUGAAGAAACUCGUCACCCGUCUGGAGGAAAAGAACCCCAGCGAAGUCGAGGUGUUCAAGACCAACAUUAACAAAGUGAUGAAAGAUCUGCUCGGUCGCUUCAAGGAUCUGCAGUUCUUCACCGGUGAAUCGAUGGAUUGCGAUGGACUGAUUGCCAUGCUCGAGUACCGUGACAUCGACGGCGAGAGUGUGCCGGUGCUGCUCUGCUUCAAGCACGGUCUUGAGGAGGAGAAGUUCUAGAAUAAUUGUAAUUCAACUAGACUCAUAAUUUUUAGAACUAUGUGCAUCGGGAAGAGUGUGCUUUAUUUUCUUAUCGGGACGAGUUAGACAGAUUGAAUCCUAUUUUUUACAAAUUGUACAAGCAAGCCUACCUUCCCUUUCCCACUUUUUGUUUUAUUCCAAUUGUAUUUUUUUUAAAUAAUGUUUAUUCCUGGCGAAUCAUUGUGAGACCCUUUUUAACCGUAUAUACUUUUGCAUAUAUGACCUACUACUUCAGGCAGAAACAAAUCACAAUCCCCACGCGAAAGUGACGAUCAUCGAUACGACUCUUCUACAGUUACUAUGCGAUUCCAAUAGAGAAAAGACUAGUUCUGUCAAGCUUGACCGAAUGAUCGUUCUAGUUGUAUGCUUUCCCUUAUUAAUACUCUUUAAAUUAUGUUGAAAGUGCAGGCCGAACCGAUCGUUUUGUUACAAUGUUGGCAGUUUGGAAGGUGGAGAAAAGUAGUUAUUCCUUCCCUAAUUUGUAAACUCUCAUACAUCAUGUAAAACAAUAGAUGCGAACUAAGGAUAACAGAAACGAAGAAUGUCAAUAUAUGAAAAGAAAAACCAAACAACAAAAAAUAUAUAUAUACAGAACGCAGCAAACGACAACUCGCAUCGUUCUGAUCGGAAUAACACAAGUA